UUGGGUGAUGCUCUCGGCCUCGUCCACUCUUCCCUUCACGCCUCUGCCUGACGAACAAAAUCUCUACACAUCACCUCUCCGCAUCGGACUUUCAAUAUCGAUACCUUCGCACUAUCCGGCCAAGCAGCAACAUCCCUUUUCUUUGACACAUCCGAGUGGCCGGCUUUUCUUGACAAAUCGGCGGCUCAUCUACCUGCCUGACAAACCGACGGAACGACUUCAGAGUUUUGCUGCACCAAUCUUGAGCUUGCACGACUCCCAUGUCACUGCACCUUUCUUCGGUCCAAACGCGUGGCUGGCUCUUUUACAGCCUGUGGCAGAUGGAGGCAUCCCGAUGCCUAGUGGAGGCGUGGUCGAGCUGAAAUUCACCUUCAAAGACGGGGGCGCAUUUGACUUUCAUAGUAGCUAUGAUCGUGUGCGGGAACGACUGCAACAAGUUGUUGGCAACCUUGGUGCCGAUGGCGGCAACGGAAACGACUCACGUGCCGCUCUGAAUAAUGUCAAUCUAUCCGCCGUGAAUCUGGACGACCUUCCGGCCUACCAGGAGGAGAGCAGCGGACCGCUCUUAUCGCCUGUAUUGGCUGCGACCCAGACAUCUAUGCCAGCACCAGGCGAGACUGAAACACAAAAUCUUGGACCAUCUGGUCAAGCAUUCAGGCCCCCAGUCGAGCCGCCGCCUGCUUACGAGGAGGCACGACGCUGAGAAGUCUGGAGCAACAUCGCACUUUGCACCAGACACAGGCAAAUGGUGGCGUCUUACGACCGCUUAAUAAUUCAGCAAGAAGCUCCACGGUGAGCACGGCGGGCACGGCGGGCAAUAUAACGAAGAAGCAGCAAAUAGGCAUCUUGUUGCUUACAUAAGUGCUAGUGAUGCCUGCGAGGAGGCAAAGCCAUGUGUGGUGGACGCUUUUCCGAUGCAAGACCAAUGUAGAACAAAGAAUCAAAUCCAAGGAAAUCACGCGCGAACGUCUUUGCUGAGAAUCUAGCACGGAUGUGUCUUGCAUGAUUGCCCCUCUCCAGUUGACGUGAUCGAAGCACAGCGAGCGGUGG